UUUUCUUUCCGCUCCAAUCAUUCGAUCUGAUGACAUUGUUAUUGUCAGUAGUUCGUGUCUGAAAUACUAUCAUGAAACCAUGCUAACAACUUGUUAAUAUGCCCGUGCCUGGAAGUGGAUAAUUUUGCGCUAUUCGAAGGAAAUAUGUAUCGUGCAGCUGCUUUGAAGGCCACAAAAGGGCUAGACUACGCUGCAUUAAUCAGAGACGAGAUCGCCCAAUGGGAGAGAGGACAGACUUUGCGAGUCGCUCGGAUAUCCGAGAAGUGCUGCAAGCGAGAUGUCCGUGGAAAGGGGGAGGGUUUCUGCUACAAGUGUAACCGCAAAUGGACAAGUAUCUACACGCAUAUCACUAUCAACUUCAAAUCUCCUGACUCUUUGGUACGAUGGCGUCAGAAAUGCUCAAGGUGCAACCUAUUAUGCAAGAUGAAGAUGCCAGAAGAAGAAUUCAGAAAAAAGACAAGAUAUGCAAUCGAGAGCAUGGAGAGGUGCCAUCAGGGGAUAUUUAGGGUCCCUAAGACAGAUGAGGAAACGAAAUCAACACCGCCACACAAGUGUCUUCUUUGUGAGAAGUGUGGUUUUGGGUCCGGGCCUUGCUGCAUGCUGCGGCCCCCAAAGAAAGGCCAGCAAGUGAUUCCUUGCAAAAUCAAAGUCAGGGCUUCCUAAACAUGUUAUGAAAUCAAAAGGAAUUCGUUUCAUAUUAUAUAGUUCUGUUUUCUACUGUAGAAGAAAAAAAAUAUAUGAAAAAAUAUUUUGUAAGGUUAAAUUUUGGUUCAUGUAUGUUUAUAACAUCUCCAGUGUUGUUUUAUUUUCUGUUAGCAAUAUAUCAUGCAAAUUGAAGUGCAAAGACAAUUUAGUUCUUGAUAAAACGAUGUAUAUUUUGAUAUUUUAAGGAACAUAAUAAUUAUAAUCAUACACAAGUUUCGUGUGUCUUCUCAAGACCUCGUUACAAAAGUAAGUAAAAUAGAAAAAUUGAGGGAAGAGAAAGAGUAAAUUUGGAAUGAUUAUUCUCAUUAUCGCUAUCAUAUUACUAUAAAUUUAUUCGUAUUUAGCUUGUUUCCUUUACUCCUGAAAGGAUUAACAUUAUCAGUUCCUUUUUUUAGAGAGAGAAAGAAAUAAAAAGAGAAAUCCUCAUUGAAGCACUAUUAUUUUCAGGCACUUCAAACUUUAUUUUCAAUAUUUGAGUCUCGUUCAGCAUGAUAAAUAGCGGCACCCAAGUUAGUUUUGAAUUGAGAAAUAGGAAACAGGGUUUUUAUUUUAUUGGAAUCUACUUAAGCAUAAUUAUAUCCACCACUGCCAAAUUAGGUAUUGCAUCAUGUAUAUGUGUGAUUAUAAUGAUCAAGGCAUAUUAAUUGGCAUUUCUACUGUAAGAUCUUGUCAAUUCUCUCAUUCAAAAUAUGAAACAUGGACCUGCUUUUUGAUAUUUUUUAUUGAUGUGACGAAGGACAAAUACUUAUAAUUGUACAAUAUCCAAUACAAAAUCUACCAUCCUUUGAGUAAAAGGUUGGCGUUUGGGUUUAUGUUUUCUUUAUUAUUCCUUUUUCGUUCAUACGAUUCGUUACGUUUCGUUUUAUUCGGGUUUUUUUUUCAUACACUCUAAAACACGAAAGGCAAAAAGGGUGGAAAGGGCAGAGGAGAGACGGCGUUUUAGACCCUUAUUACAAAGCUGUCACUCCUCGACCUUUUUAAAAGUUGAUUUACCCCCCCCCCCCUUUCAGCCAGUCAUUUUUAGAGUGUAUGAUUCGUUUUGUUUCGUAUAUGAUUCAUUUCAUUCACAUGAUUCGUUUUGUGCCAUAUUGAUUCAUUUUGUUUCCAUUUCGCUUCUCAUGAUUCUUUUUGUUACAUAAUUUAUAAUUGGUUUUGUUUCAUAAUUUUGAUUCUUUUUUAUGUGAUUCGUUUUGGUUUAUAUAAUUCGUUUUGUUUCAUAUGAUUCAUUUUGUUUCAUUAUGGUUCCUUUUCGUUUCAUAAUAUGGUUCGUUUGGUUGCAUACGAUUUGUUUUGUUUCGUACGACGUUCGCUUUUGUGUCUGUUUUGUUUAUAUACGUAAUUUAUUGCAGAUUGUGUUAGUCGUACAUCCUGUUUCAAAUAUGUUUAAAUGAGAUAAUAAAUAAAGUGGAAUAAUAUAUUGAUUUAUAUACAAAAUAAAUGAAUACAUUUAACGGGUACUGUACACUGCAAAAACUCCGAUGCUGAUUUAACACCAGCCCGGAAUAUAUAUCUGUCCACACCAGAGAAGAGUUAAACAACACCAGUUUGGAUUUGGUCUAACACCAGAUAUGUGAUUAUACAACAGCAAUUAGUAUUAAAACAGCAUCGGUUUGAUUCCAAACUGGUGUUAUUUCAAUACUUCUCUGGUGUGGACAGAUAUAGAUUCCAGGCUGGUGUUAAAUCAACACCAGAGUUUUUGCAGUGUAUGUAAAUACGAAUUACGACAUAGUCAUUAAUAUUUUAAGUAUUCAAAUAUUUGUUAACUUUCAGUAUAAGGGUAUAUUGUGAUCAUCAUUUUGAUCAUCAUUAUUUUGAUCAUCAUUAGUUUAUUAAGAAGAUGUAUGUUUCUUGUUUUUGGCCUCUAUAUACUAAAACUUGCUUGGGAUAUACAAGGACUUACCCUGUUAACAUAGAAGAAGGUAUAUAGGUUAUAGUGUUCAUACCCUAUAGGUGGCAGCAUUCAAACUAAUAAAUCGUAUCAUUGACGCUGUUACAAUGAAUCUCUGCUUCGAGAGUCGAAGAAUGAAUGAAGAGACGCUUGGCAGAUAUCACUGAAUAUAUAGUCAAUCCAACAUACAUGAUUAAUUUUUAAAAAGGUUCAUUAUUUAUAAUUAUUAUAUCAGACUGAUAUAAACUCUGUAAUUAUUCCUUUGCUUUGUUUUCAAUCACAGUAAAAAAUUUGGUGUUAUAAACCGAGAACCACUCCAGUCAUUUUACUCCGGUGUUUAGCUCAACACCAAUGGAUGUAAUUUUUGGUGUUUAUCUUCAAACUAUAUAUUAGGUGUAAUUUUAACACCUUAGACCUCUAGGAACACCAACUGGUGUCAAUAUAACACCUGGUCUAGGCUUGUAUGUUUUCUUUUCGAAAAUGUAUAAUGCAGAAAUUCUUUAAAUGAUUACGACUUGUUUUUCUGAUUCGCCUAUACAGUCAUGUAUGUGUUGCAUAAGUGAUGUAAAUAGCUUAUGUAGGCAAAGUAAACGUGGUGAUAAAAAAAGUACAUUUGCAUGUAAUUGUCAACAAUUUGCAUUUCUUCAACGGACUGCAUUUUCAUCUUUUUAUUUUUCAUUUUUCAUCUCGUCUUUAUACUUUGUAAUAAGUGAUGUUUAUUUCGUAGACGAACCAUUUUUUAUUCCGAGGAUCUGUGAUCUUGUCUAUAUAUCAUUGAACUGUUAUGUUUGUCAAAGACAUUUGUUUACGAUUAUGAACAUAUCAAGUUACAACAGUGUUCAUUGAACUUUGUUAUGAAUUGUGUUUUCAUCAGAUUAGAGUCGGAUUUUUUCUUUGUUAGGUGUCUUGGUUUGCCCAUUACUUUGAGUAAAUAAAUCUUGCCAGAAAUACAAA